AUGUUAAAGGUUGGAGGAUUUCCUGCGACCAAGGUAGGUAUUCACAUAGCCCAGAGACACUUACUGUACUCGCGUAGGAUCUGGAAUAAAACACAAUUUAGACUUCCAGGAUCAUACAAACCUAAUAAAGAUGUUAUACACAAGUUGCCAUUUGUAACUUGUCUUAAGAUUUGGUUCAAAUCCUUACAGCCAAAUAGAUUAAGAGAUCUUCAAGGCGAGCUUUUAGACUAUAUGAUUUCUUCUGACCUUCAAGAAAAUGCCAACAUUAAAAGGGUACAAACUCAGGUUCCAAUUAACGAUGACAAGACCAUUUUCAUGAAUGAAGUAACUCUAGAAUUGAAACAAAAUGAGGGUAAACCAACUAAACAUGUAGUAUUCAUCCAUGGAUAUGGUGCCGCUUUAGGGUGUUUUGCAAGAAAUUUCCAACUCAUCAACUUGUUAAACGAUGAUAAAUUUAAUUACAAGAUUCAUUUCCUUGAUAAUAUUUCAUUUGGAUUAUCAUCUAAUCCAAAGCUGGAAUCAAUAAAUUUAACCUCGAUGACUAUUCCUAAAUGUGUUUCAAUCAAAUUGAAUGAUCCCGAUCCAACUGAUCCUAAGAAAUUGUAUAAUAAAUAUUACAAGUUAAUUGAUUCCUAUGAUUUAAAUGUUGAUGAAUUUGUUGAAUAUAAAAAGAAAUUCAUACCAAUUUUAAAGGAUCUUGAGACUUAUUACACGUCAGCUAUAGAUCAAUGGAGAAUAAACUCAGGAAUCAAAAAAAUAGACUAUUUAGUGGGCCAUUCUUAUGGUGGAUAUUGGUCUGGUUCAUAUGCAGUUAAAUAUCCUAAGAAUUUGGAAACACUUAUUUUACUUUCUCCAGUUGGAGUUGAGCGUCAUAUGCAAGCAGUAACCAAUCCUAUUUUAUAUCCAGGUGGACCACAAAAGGGACCAGUUCAAACUUUGACUCCCUCUUUAGAUCCACGUUCAUUCCACUUUCUUUCAAGAUUACCAAUUCUUUCUUCGAAACAUAUUAGAAAUUGGUACUAUUAUCAACCUUACUUACCAAGACUUUUGAAAUGGCUUGGUCCUUGGGGUGUUUCCAAAUAUUAUCUGAUGUGGUAUAUGAAGCUUUUCAAGAUUAAUAAACUUAUAUCUAAACAAGGAGGAGCCAAAAAGGUAUUUAAGAGUCUGAAUGAUUUAGUGUAUGGUACAAACAAGGAAUGCCAUUUAUUAAUUGAAUACCUCUACAAUAAUAUGUCCAAGGGAUCAGUAUCGGAUAUUUACAUAAAAAACUUAUUAACUCCAAGUACAGUAAGUAAGUGGCCACUUUAUGAUAAAUUUACUGAACAUUUCCGGUCCACAGAAAAUGAAACAACGUUUAAAAUGCAUUUAAUAUACGGACAAUUUGAUUUUAUGAAUUCGGAAGCGGGGAGACAUUUAGUGGAUCAAGUCAACACUUUGACAAAGACCAAGAUCGCUAGUUAUCAUGAAACCGAUGAAGGUGGUCAUAAUUUGUACCUCGAUAAUCCAUUUCAAAUGAACCAUCAACUUCAGCAAAUAAUUACAAAUAAAUUAUAG